GCUGUGUAGCAGAGGUGUGGGGACUCGAGUUGCCAGUUUUGACUUGCGACUUGCUUACCAAAUACUGAAGACUGGUCUUGACUUUAGACUUGGUAGCCAAGAGACUUGACUUGAACUACAUGACUUGACAAGUCAUCUCGUUUAGAGUUGGAAAUCUGCAUUGUUGCGCACUCGCCAGUGUGACGGAGCCACCUGCAUGAGCAACGAUGGAAGGAGCUCCAAAGAUAAUACAAUUUGGAUUCAAGGAUUAUGUCUGCAAAAAGGGGAUGGCAACACGCGCAUUAAAGACAACGACGUCGAAAUUCAUCCGUUACUCCAAAAUUCACAAAAGACAGAGAUGGACACACUGCGCAUUGUGCUCUACAUACUCAUCUUCCUCCUCGGCGUCUUUGGAAACCUGCUCAUCAUCAUCGUUCUGAUUCUCAACAAGCGCAUGAGGACAGUCACUAACUCCUUCCUGCUGUCGCUUGCUAUCAGCGACCUGAUGAUGGCCAUCUUCUGUAUGCCUUUCACGCUCAUCCCCAACAUCCUAGAGGACUUCAUCUUUGGGGCGGCCAUGUGCAAGACUGUCGGCUACUUCAUGGGGCUCUCUGUCAGCAUCUCCACCUUCAGCCUGGUGGCUAUUGCCAUCGAGCGUUAUAGUGCCAUCUGCAACCCGCUGAAGUCCAGAGCGUGGCAGACUCGAUCCCACGCAUACCGCGUUAUCACUGCCACUUGGGUACUCUCUCUGCUCAUCAUGAUUCCCUAUCCGGUGUUCAGCAUCAUCAAGACUUUCCCCAAGGCCAAUGGCACCGUGGGCCACAUGUGUCGCCUUACCUGGCCCAGUCAUCACGCAGAGCAAAGCUGGUAUGUGCUUCUGCUGUUCAUUCUGUUCUUCAUUCCUGGAGUGGUGAUGGCCGUAGCCUACGGGCUAAUCUCCAGAGAGCUUUACCGGGGCAUGCGCUUUGAAAUGAAGCAGACUAAAGCAGUGACUGCUGAGCUGAGAAACGGUACUGUUGCAGAGUCAAAUGACGAGGAUGACGACAACGAUGGUUGCUAUGUUCAGGUUCCCCAAAAGGUCUCUGCCAUGGAGCUCCCUACCCUCCCGACCUCAGCGUCAUCAGCUGGUGUUUCUAUCCCGCCCAAGACGGAGCGUGCUCGCAGCAACGCCUCCAAUGCAAAGUUACAGGCCAAAAAACGUGUCAUUCGGAUGUUGCUGGUGAUUGUGGCACUCUUUUUCAUCUGCUGGAUGCCACUGUACUUUGCCAACACCUGGAAGGCUUUUGGCUUGAAGGCGGCCACCAAAGCCCUCUCGGGGAUCCCCAUUUCCUUCAUCCACCUGCUUUCUUACACCUCUUCCUGCGUCAACCCAGUCAUAUACUGCUUCAUGAACACCCGCUUCCGCAAGGCCCUACUGUCCACCUUUGCCUGCUGCUGUCGCAACCGUCUGUGUCGCAAGUGCUGCCCGUCCCUUCUGGAGGCGGGAGAGGACGGCACCGCCGGCUAUUCCAUGGCGACGACCAUGGCCACUUCAGUGUCGAAGUACAGCUACACCACUGUCAGCUCCACGCCCACCUGAUGAGCCACCACAAGACUGCAGCUUGGCGGAGUCUUUUUUGUUUGUUUGUUUUUUUUACUUUUUAUUCUUCAUACUAAUGCAUUGAGCCAUGAUUUUCUUUUUCUCUGGUCAUCCUGAGAGCAUGUUGUAGAAUGUUAUAUGGAUGAAUGUGCCUCAAUUGGCAGCAAUUUGCAUUCUCAUCCUGAAGAGAAGUGCCUGAUUUUGUUGGUUUUUUUGGGGUUAUAAUUUUUUUUUUUUUUUUUUAACAGAUCAUUUAUUACAACAAACUAUUAUCCUACAAAAACCUAAAUGGAUAAACUGAGAUCCUCCUGCUCUGGCCUUAACAUAGGUCUUGUUUUGUUCGAUAUUCAUAAUUUUGGGCAUAUCUUGUCAAUGGUAAAUCUGCAGUUUAACCCGUUGGACUUUGGGCAAAAGGCAGACGAGACACUGGACUGGUUGCCAGUCAAUGGGAAUUGAUCUGUCACCAGCUGUACAAAUGUCAGCUAUAUGAAGUGCUGUUCUACCAACAGCCUUUUGGCGUAUCUGAGUACUCAAAAUGUGUUUCGCUGAAUCCUAGUAGAUUGUGUAAUAUUUGCAGACAUCAAUAGCAAUCUUGCCUUAUUUCUUUGCAUGUGUUAACAGCUUGUUUUCAAUCGUGUGCACCCCAACUCAGAUUAGAAAUUCAGCAAAGCAUCUGGGUAAUGCCUAUCACAUAUACUUCCAUGUAAAACUGCUUUAGUCAGCUUGAUUAGCGGUCUCUUGUCUCUGCCUUCAACUGCUGGAGCCAGAAGUGCUAAAUCGCUCCUAAGCACAAAGACGCUCGCAUGGUUCACCGCAUAAGUCUUAUAUCAACAACGACAAUGGACCUCUUGUGAAAGUCUGCUCUCCUAAUCUUUAUUCGACAAUUCUUUAACCUUUGAUGUUUUCAUCAAGUCAAGGAGAGAUGAAGAGACUGCUGCAAAGAUGGAGGUAAACUUCGUUGGUGGCCUGUAGUUCUUGCGUUCUUUUUGUAAAAGGUUGGUCAGGAGUCAACUAAGCUAAAGGUGGCUUAGAAGUUGCAUCCAGGCACCUUUCCUACGCAUUUUCAACAUACAAACUUUUCUUCAAAGUACUCGGCAAGACAAAUUUAUUUCUAUAGUGCAUUUCAUAUGCAAGGUAAUUCAAAGUGCUUUACAUGAUUAAAAACAUUUUAAAACAAGACAUUUGCAAAGUACCGAAAAUUAAGACGGCUUACUAAAAUUCAUCCAUCCAUUUUCUGAGCCGCUUCUCCUCAGUAGGGUCGCGGGCGUGCUGGAGCCUAUCCCAGCUAUCAUCGGGCAGGAGGCGGGGUACACCCUGAACUGGUUGCCAGCCAAUCACAGGGCACAUAGAAACAAACAACUAUUCGCCCUCACAGUCACACCUACGGGCAAUUUAGAGUCUCCAAUGAAUGCAUGUUUUUGGGAUGUGGGAGGAAACCGGAGUGCCCGGAGAAAACCCACGCAGGCACGGGGAGAACAUGCAAACUCCACACAGGCGGGGCCGGGGAUUGAACCCGGGUCCUCAGAACUGUGAGGCUGAUGCUCUAACCAGUCGGCCGCCGCUUACUAAAAUUGUUUUACAAAAAAAAAAAAAAAAAAAAAAACCUUGCAAGAGAUCAUUUAAGAAAUGGAAAAGGUAAAAAAUGCUCAAUCAUAAGCAUGAUUUAAAAAAAAGAUGUAUCUCUCUCUCUAUAUAUAUAUAGAUCUCUCUCGCUCUCUCUCUCUCACUCUAUAUGUAUAUAUAUAUAGAGAGAUAUCUAUACAUAUAUAUAUAUAUAUAUAUAUUAACAUGGACUUGGAAACGUUGGGGCUGGCUUCAUUUCUGUUGGCAAUGUAUUCCAUCUGUGUGCAGCAUAGUAGUGAAAAGCUCCCAUGUUUGCUUUGGACUCAGAGCCCAAGUGGGUUUAGAUUCCAUUAGCAUUUCUUUCAUGUAGUCAGGACCUAAACCAUUUGGUGAUUUAUAGACCAGUAGUGCUAUGGAAAGUUUCUAAGCAAAAACCAGAAUCUGAAGAGGCCCAGUAACUCCAGCUAGUAGACCCAAUGGGAACAACCUCACCAGAUUCAAAUUUGACUGAAAAUACCACAUCCAUUUAGUAUGCAGUUUGUCCUCAUUAGGACCAUCAUUGGCCUAACCCAGCUGACUUUGAAUGAGAGGUGGGGUACACCUCGAUUGGUCACCAGUCAAUCAUAGGGUAAGAUUAAUUAUAGACCAUAAACCAUACUGCCAAACCAACUUUUUCCUAGUACUUGAUGUAAUACUGCCUCUAUGGUGUCUCAGUAAAUGUAAAAUAUGAAUUGAAAUUGUUAGGAUAACAAAAAACGCAAUUUACCAGCUUAUACAAUACCCUAGAUACCUAUUUUCAUGCUAUAUGGGAAUGCACACCAGUUCAAUGCUUUUGGAUUUUGGUUACGCAGAAAAUUUGAUUAAACUCUAAACAUUAAUCUUUGAACAGUCACUGGUUAAAUCUCAGCAUAGAAUAUAUUGCGUUUGUAAAAAAAUCAAUUACAUAAUUACACAGACAGCUGGACACCCGUCUUCAGCAUGCUGAAUCGAGAUCUUGGAUUCCUCUGCCUGAGUAGAGCGCCACCUGACAGUCUAUAUUGUGAAAGUAAACCUUUGCCUUCUGUAUUCUUGUCAAGGUUAUUUGAUUUUUUAUCUUAUUCAUGUAUGCCCUAUAGACGUUUAUAAUUGACAUAGCCACUCCCACCACACUUCAGUCCUGCAUGCUCCGGUCCUUGUCCUGUCCGAUCUGUCCUCACAGGGUGUAGCACUACUACCCCAUACAACACUCAUAUUUGUGUCAUUCUUCUCGGUAUAUAAUGAUUUACUUUCCUCAACUUGUUUACAGUUAGUGCUUUGUCUUUUGUCUUCGUUUCUCACUCCCCUCUAAAAAAUCUCGUUCUGUUCGACUGAUCAACUUUGAUUCUCAAUAAAUAUCCAUCAAGAUACCAAGAAACCACAGCGACCGCUUAAAAAGUCCACUGUGACACAGUAAAACUCUUCUGGCAUAAGAGGGAUACAGAUCAUCCUUUCUGCUUGAUCUAACAGCCGAACGGGGCAAAAACAAAAACGGCCACGCAUUCCUGAGUCCCAGAUGUUUUUUCUGCCGAGAGGCCUGAAAUCAGGCCAUUUGAUUUUCUUAAGCUUAUUUAUGUCACUAGCGAAGAUCUCCGCCUGCCUCUCUGCUCCAGCACUGUCAACAUUGCAAACACGUGUGCUCUCACAAGUGGGUCUUCUACACGGAGGCAACCAAUCAGAGGAAAGGGGGCGGUCUUAGCCUAAUAUGGACAAAGCGGAUACAAAACGGUCAAAAGGAAAGUAGCUGUCAGGGGGGCAUUUUCUGGACACUCACAGAGAUGUUCUUUGAAAUGAAAUUGACACUUUUGUACUAAGUCCAUUUUAGAGAGUCACUCUAUGGAGGUGGAAUUAGCCAAAAUAUGGGAAUUUCAAAGGGAGAAAAAUACAUCUAUGAACAAUUUAAUCAUGUUUUUGAAAGGUGGGAGAAAUCUGAGGGAAAACCCGCACAAGCAACAUGACACAACUCCACACAAGAUCCCCUAAAAUAGUCGUUAAACUUUAAAAAUGAUAUGCGGUAUUUGGACAAAAGUAUUGGAAUAGUUGGGUCAAUACAUUGCCAUACCAGCCCCAAUAAGAAGUCAAACAUUUUUAAUGCAUUUUGUCCCCCUUCGAGUGUCUACUCUUCACGGAAGACUUUGUUGGAAUUUUUGUCCAUUCAUCCAGGAGAGCAUUUGUGGGUUCAGAGCUUAAGUUUGUUUGUAUAGCCCUUAAUCACAAAAGAGUCGAAAGGCUUCACAGGCCCACAGUUGGCAAUGAUUGACGACAUCCCCUAAUCUAAACCCCCCAAUCGGGCAAGGAAAAACUCAAAACCCCAUUUGGGGAAAAAAGAAGCCUUGAGACGGGACCGUAGAUUCCCCCUUUCAGGAUGACCAGGCUGCAAUGGAUGUCAAGUGGGCAACAUUUAUUACAUAGUCUGGUGCUGUACAAGGUUUAGUCCAGUCCGUAUGUGUUUGAUGGACUUGAAGUCAGUAUCAAGUUCUUCUGCACCAAAAUCAUCAGUUUGCAUUUACACACCUUGCUUUGUGUACUCUGAAAGCACGAUCUGGCUGGAACUGACUUGACUGAGGGGGAGUUGAGCUGGCUGAUACCGAUUGGACCCGUGCGUUCUGAAGAUUUCAUCCAGUGUGGGCGGGGGCAGGUUAGAUGGUUUUCUCUGGAAGUUUAUGUCGUACAUUUGAUGCUGUGAUUCUGCAUGUUAUACUACCCAAUAGAGGUACAAAGCCUUAAGCUGCUGUGCAAACAGGAUGUUUUUCUUGUCCUCAAAAAGAAUUGCUGAUCUUUUGUGGGUGCAACACACAGGUCCUGAAAAAUAUCAUUAUAGCGCAAUCUAAAAGCAUCAGGUUGUGAAUAGUCAAGUGGUUUUGGGACAGCAUGUUUAAAGCUUUUAUUUGGAGUCUAGUGGUAUGAAGCUUGCAUUCUUUUUAAAUAUUAUUUUAAUCACGCGAACAUUGUAGAGGGAAAAUAUUGAAUUGGUCUCCUUCCAGGCAUCGUUUUGGCAACAGCGAUUGAGUAUACUGUAAAUCUUUAUCCCAAUUGACAGAAAUCACUGUUGCGAAGGAGAACUUUUAGCCCCAUCUCACUGUCACCAAUUCAUUAUAAGGUGAAAUUCCACUUGUACUCUGCAGUAUACAGUUUUUGUGUUGUAAACCACACAGAACCAGAUCACACAUGCAAGGAGAGAUGAGAGAGUGAAAGGGGCGAAGUCCUUCCACCUGCCUUUUAGCUCUGGGACAACACAAAACUAUCCAUAGUGACCUCCUUCCAUUUUCUACAGACAGACUACAUCCCUGAACUGCUUGGCAGUUAAUCACAGGUCAAAUACAAUACAGCUGGAUGACCAUGCAAACUGUCACUGAGUGGGCUUUGUACCCACGCUACCUGCAUGGACUUCAGGAAAAUGAACCACUACACCAUCAGUGACCUUAUUCAGCUCAUUGGAGCAACACAAACCUAUCCAUGGUAACCUCCAGGCAGGUAACAUCAAAAUGUUGGCUCUAGUGAGGAGUCAGCUCAUGAAAAGGGAUUUGGAACUGGGUCACGCAAAUUGAAAAUCAAAUAUCAAACGCCAAUCAUUUGAUCUGAAAAUGGAUUUUUUUGUUUUGUUUGAUUUGUGUAAACAGUGUAAAAGCAAGGAGUUCAUUUUAAAAAGCAUUUUUUUUGCCUACAUAUUCACAAGCUUGGAAAAAGAGGUCUUGAAGCGGUUCAUUUUUCAGUAUGUUCGAUAAAUUGAAAUCUAGGUGAUGUAAAAUACACUUUGUAUUUAUACAGCAACAGACACUGUCAAUUAGAUGUCAUUCAUCAAUUAUUCAUAAUGGCCUACUGAAAUGAGUUUUUUUGUUUUGUUUUUUCCCCCCAUGAAACAAAGUGGGGCUGUCAUGAAGAUACAAUGGGGCUCGUGUUUACAUCUAUAAACAUCUUGUGAAAAACAAAACUAAGUUCAAGAUUCAGAUAAGGGGAAAAAAAGAAGGGGAGGGGGUUUCAAGGAGGGUUGAAUACGUUUGUGCAUCUAUGUAUAUGGUAACCAAAGCUUUUAUUUAUUUAUAAGAAUUUGCCACAUCUGGUGCCUGCUUGUGCAAUGUUGCAAUAGUGUACUAUAGAUUGUUGUUUAAUGUUAACAUGCUCUGUUUUAAGUACAUGUAGGGUUGUUGAUGUUAUUAAUGUUUAAUGUGUUGACUGUUUUCUGUGGUUUAGGCUACUGUCUUGUUUAUAUUCAUGUAAUAAAAAUGGGGAUAUAUA